AUGAUGAUUUCGAACUCGGCCAACGGCACAGCUGGCCAUGCCUUGGACCUGACCGUCCUAGGUUUGAACAGCGGGACAUCGAUGGACGGUAUCGACUGCGCCCUUUGCCGCUUCCGCCAGGAGACUCCGGAGUCGCCAAUGCAAUUCGAGCUGCUGAAGUAUGGAGAGAUCCCGCUAGAGCCGGUGAUCAAGAAGCGGGUGAUGAACAUGAUCCUACACAACCAAACCUCACCGUCCGAGUUGUCAGAAGUGAACGUCAUUCUAGGCGAAACGUUCGCGUCGGCAGUGCACCAGUUCUGUAAGGAAUUUCAUAUCGAGAUUGACUCGAUUGACGUGUUAGGCUCCCACGGCCAAACAAUCUGGCUACUUUCUAUGCCCGAGCCAGGCGAGACUCGGAGCGCACUUACGAUGGCCGAGGGCUCAUUCCUGGCCUCGCGCACCGGUAUCACCUCAGUGACGGACUUUCGCGUAAGCGACCAAGCUGCCGGACGCCAAGGCGCUCCGCUGAUUGCCUUUUUCGACGCGCUAGUGUUGCAUCACCCGACUAAGUUACGUGCCUGUCAGAACAUCGGGGGUAUCGCAAACGUGUGCUUCAUCCCUCCGGACAGCCAUGGCGGUGUAGACGAAUGCUACGACUUUGAUACCGGCCCGGGCAAUGUUUUUAUUGAUGCUGUGGUGCGUCAUUACACUAAUGGCGAGCGCGAGUAUGAUAGAGACGGGGAGAUGGGUGCGCGUGGUAUAGUCGAUCAGGAACUCGUCGACGACUUCCUACGUCAUCCGUAUUUCGCUCUAGACCCACCUAAAACCACCGGCCGCGAGGUCUUUCGUGACACGCUCGCGCAUGAACUUAUUACCAAGGCGGAGGCUAAGGGUCUCUGCCCUGAUGAUGUCGUUGCUACCGUUACCCGUGUCACGGCCCAGGCCAUUGUCGACCACUACCGUCGUUACGCGCCGAAAGACCUUGAGAUUGCCGAGAUCUUCAUGUGCGGUGGCGGCGCGUAUAAUCCUAAUAUCACGGCGUUUAUCCAAAAGCAUUAUCCAACUACGCGUAUCAUGAUGCUAGAUGAUGCCGGGAUUCCUGCUGGCGCUAAGGAGGCUAUCACCUUUGCCUGGCAGGGUAUGGAAGCUGUGGUAGGCCGCUCUAUUCCUGUUCCCACGCGUGUUGAAUCUCGUCAAGAAUAUGUGCUUGGAAAAGUCUCUCCGGGCAGGAAUUACCGCAAAGUCCUACGCCAAGGUAUGCUCUUUGGUACGGGCCGCGAUAAUCUCCCGCCAGUGAAGGAGCUGGUCAACUAUGUCGAUGGAAAGGUUUUCAACAACAAAUGGUAA